AUGAGUGCUGCAACACUUGUUGUUGUCUUGAUUGCCAGUUUAAUUGCAUUACAUUAUACUGGCCAUGAAGCUCUAGUAAGUAAAACAGUCAGUCGACUAGUCCACGGUAAGGCGGGUUGUUUUCCAAUCAAAGACAUCAAGCAUGUCAAAUUGCAUUAUUUUGCUGGACGUGGCCGUGGCGAAGCGAUGCGAUUGCUGAUGAAUGAUUAUAAUAUAUCUUAUUCUGAGAUGGGAUAUACACGAGAGACUUGGCCUAACGCAAAACAAGAAGGAUUAAAGAGUGGGUUAUACUUAUUUGGCCAGGUUAUCCUUAGGUACUUGGGUCGUUCGGUUGGAUUAGAUUGUGAAUGUGAUGAAUUGGAUUAUUGCAACAUGAUUGCUGCGGGAAUUGAGGACAUGGGAAAACAACUGAGUAAAAUUAUGUAUGAUCCAAGCUUUUCAGUCGCAAUGAGAGAUGAAUAUCUAAAAUCCACAUUACCUACAUGGCUAGGAUACUUUGAAAGACUGAUCCCUUCACAAUCUACCAACUCGCAAAAGCAAUCCGAUUAUAUUAUUCAUGGUCAUUUAACGUGGGUAGACUAUUUGUUGGUAGCUGCUCUUGAUGCAAACAUUGAAUUUGGACAGUUUUUACUCCCAGGCGACUCUCCUGAUCAAGCAAAAACUGACGUGUUGAAACCAUUCCCAAAGUUGGCGCAGUACUACAACUCAAUGUUUAACAGACCUGCAGUAAUAGAUUAUUUAAAAAGUGACAAACGCUAUCCCUUCAAGCUUCCUUACAUGCCUAAAAAAUAAGAUGGAAAUCUACGGUCAAGACAAUAUUAAAGCCGUUUCAUCUUGAGCGCCCGAAAUUGGUUUACAACUAGACUGAUAUCAGAGUGUGUACAGUGAUUGCUUUCAUAGUUAAUUUUCAUUUUCGUACUAUUGAUGGGUAAUAGAUAUCGAAGUAUAUUUCUGAGAGAAGUUUAAUCCAUUUCA